AUGUCCUACGACCGAGAUCCUGAACAAACGCCUGCUAUUUUGUCUCCCCAAUAUGCUACCCCGAUUCACGAACCAUCCUCGUCCAGAAACUCCACUGCUAUGUCUCCGACUCCUUCGAGGGACUCCUUUAUGGCCCGAAUACAGAUACAGUCGACACAAAUUCCGAAGGCGUGGGUUAGUCCCAUAUGUGGUGCCGGGGCAGGUUUCGCAUCGGGCAUUGUCACCUGCCCUCUCGAUGUAAUCAAGACAAAACUACAAGCUCAAGGCGGCUUUGCUGUCCGAAAUCAGAAAACUCCAUACACACAAUCACAUCAGCUUUAUCGAGGCAUCGUCGGGACCGGUCGCGUGAUCUGGCAGGAAGAAGGUAUACGGGGAAUGUACCGAGGACUUGGUCCGAUGCUACUCGGAUAUUUGCCCACCUGGGCCGUCUACUUGACGGUAUACGAGAACACGAGAGAGUUUUGGUACGAUCAAUGUGGAAGUUGGUGGGUGGCUCGUUGCUAUUCAUCUCUGACGGCGGGUGCUUGUUCGACGGUUCUGACAAAUCCAAUCUGGGUCAUCAAAACUCGACUGAUGUCUCAGAGUACCAAAGCUGCGAGUGACGGCAUGCGCGCUCCAUGGCAUUAUACCUCAACUUUGGAUGCUGCCAUGAAGAUGUAUCGCACCGAAGGCAUCCGAUCAUUCUAUUCCGGCCUGACACCCGCUCUUCUUGGCUUAACGCAUGUCGCCGUGCAGUUUCCAUUAUAUGAGUUUUUCAAGAUGAAAUUCACCGGCUAUGGCAUGGGUGAACAUCCACCCGAAGACAGCAGUGCGAAUUGGAUUGGUAUCUCGGCCGCCACGUUCUUAAGCAAAAUCUGCGCCAGCACAGCGACUUACCCUCACGAAGUCCUCCGUACUCGAUUACAAACCCAACAAAGAAGAUCCGGUCUAUCGACAUCAGAUGGCCUGGCCGUGAAAGCGCGAUAUUCGGGUAUUCUGCAUAUGUGCAAAGUGAUGCUCAAGGAAGAAGGCUGGCGGGCGUUCUAUGUCGGGAUCGGCACAAAUCUUAUCCGAGCUGUCCCGGCUGCCAUGACCACUAUGCUCACGUAUGAAUGGUUGCAGAGUUCCAUUCACCGUUUGCAAGAUAGAGGUGAACAACUGAAAAAUAUGGCCGAUUGA